AUGGGAAAUUUCUCGUUUGGAGCUGUUGCAAAUCAACGUCGUGGGCUCUCGUCACGCGGGUCCAGGGAAGGCCUUCGGGUCCCGGGUACCCGAGUGCUGGUCCCUCUCACGCGCCGUGCACCCGACAGGGGAUCCCGGGGUGUGUCGGGUGCUGGUAAGGAAAUAACCCAGUACACCGGUACCUGCGGGUACCCGCUAAUCCCGCCUUCCGGUGACAUGUGCGCCCCAGGUGAACCCCAGGUGGACUGGGAUGUCACUCAGGUCUACCCCGGGACAGCCCGGGGCCGCAGAUCCCAUACAGUUUAUGUAGCUCCGCAGUGCCGCAGUCAGCGGACCCAAAAAACCCGGCACUUCUUUUUCAUACUGGCAGAGCGAACCAGCACCAGCCGAGCGGAGAGCCGAGACGAGAGGACACAUCCCGCGGAGAUGGAUGGACAGGGAGACCACUCGGCCACGAAAACUGCGACGACCACGACUACGACUAUUCCAGAAACUCAGCCCGGGCCAAAAAACGGAGUGAAUAAGAAGAACAAGGCGAAAGAUUACUCCGGCGAUCCCAAAUAUAAGCCAGUCACUAAUGCCGAACUAGAAGCUGUCAUCGCCUGCUCAGCUACCCAGGAACAAGGGGAAGAAGCGUUUGCCGAGUUCAUCAAUAGCCGAUCAUCCGACAGCUUCUUUACGCAUCGGCCAUACAACGAACUAGAGGACCGAUGGCUGACGCGGCUCAAACGAUACCUCAAGUUUUUUAAAGGGCGCAAGACGGCAUCGAGCGGGGCCCGGAGUGCCUCAGGCUGGCCGAUAACCCGGGACAAGUUCCUCCUGUGGGCUCAUCGCGACCCUCGUCCAACCAUCCGCUCCAUCACUACCUACCUCCAGACCAUCGAGGCCGCCCGCGUCGCAACCCAUCACCUCUUCACCCCCCACUUCCCCAACAUCCCGGACCGAUCCCUCCAACUCGACCCCUUAGUCAAGGAUACUCUCUCUCUCUUCCAGCGUCAGUUUGCUGCCCAGGCCACUACUACUGCUGAGACAACUGGCAGCUCGACCGCGAAAACUAGCAAAAGCCCGACUGAUCCGAAAGCGACUAAUCCGAGAGCGACUAAUCCGAAAGCGACUAAUCCGAAAGCUGAUAGCUCUACUGAUAAAACUUGGACCCCUCACACCAAAAACAGCUCUGCUACUACUUCUACUACCAGGAGCUCUAGAUCAUCUGCCAUCAAGAACUGUUCGGACACCGUCAAAGCUACCAGCUCUUCUACUGAAACUAUGGGCCCCAGCAGAGAAUUUGGCAGUUCUACUGACAAAAGCCGCAGCUCUACGGCCAAAAACAGCGCCGAUGCUGCUGCACAGCCCACCACUGAUUCUUCACAGGGUCCUCCCAAAACAGUCAGGGCCAAUAAUCCCUUUGUGACCGGCACGUUCAAGCCUGCUGGCUCGGCGUCCAUGCCCCCUCAACCUGCUACAACACCUGCCCAUUCCGAGAAGUCUGCUCCUAUCCCGAAAGGCCCAUCGGCCUCGACCUGCUCGCUGCCUCCCAAACCCAGCUUCCUUCCCGACAAACCCCCCGAACAAGACAUCAAGGCGCCCAGACCGUGUGCGUCGGCGCGACCGGCGCUUUCUCAGAUCGAGUCUCCCGAUAGAAACAGGCGCCCCGAGCGUAUCUCCCGCAAAAAACGCUGUCAUUACAGGAUUGAGAGUUCUUCGGAGACAGACGACGUUCUGCUUGUCGCUGAUGACAUGCCCCUCGCCCGGCGGUUCCCCAGCCCAGAAAAAAAGAGGCCCGCUCGCGUGGCGGCAACGAGGCCCCCGAAGCACGCCCGCAGACUCUCCGAGAGCUCGUCGGAUUCCCCGCUCGCCCUCCUCCCCGCCCCGCCUUCGUGUCGCAAGAAAAUCAAAAGAUCGGGCUCUGACGAGCCCCCAAAUCCCCCCACUCUCCAACUUUCCUACGAAGAGAAAGAAGUCAAGAUCGUACAGCCGCCUGUCUUUGAGCAGAUCUGCGUCUUUACCGACACGCGGGUCCCUGAAGUCCGCGACCAAUUCCUCGAGGCUCUUCGGCUGGAUCAUCGAAAUAAUUUGAGCACUAGUGAUGUCCUCGAAGGAUUGAAUGCGACGAUAAAGGAUCUGACGGGGCCCGAGGGCGAGCUAAGCAAGAUGGGCAGCGAGGGAGACUUGACGGCCUGUCUAGCGACGUAUCUGGAUUACUGGGCGAGCGAAGGGAUCGCGGGCUUUCCGAUGGGGGCCUUGAAGGUGUGUGUAUGGCUGGACGGGAUCGAGCCGGCGGUGACGGAGAAGGAGACGCGGGACAUCGCGUGGUGCUUCGAUCGCCUGGGACGCAAGAUCGCCGCACAGUUCCCGGAGGACGAGCCGGCGUCCAUGUUCGACUAUUCGCGCCCGAUCAUCGACAGCCCGUUGUGGCACUCCUUCCGCGCCUUCUGCGGAUGGCCCAUCGACAUCCACCCGCCCCUCGACCAUCCCGGCUACUUGAAGCCCGAGCCUCACGACCUCAGAGCUCCCUCGAUCUCCACCAUCGGCAGCUCCCUCUCCUCCCUUCCCCAAUCUCCCUCCCCCUUCGUCCAGCCGUGUCGGGACUCUUUCAACUCCCUCGACGGGUGCUUUGCCGACGGCCACCCCGGCCUCCACUCUGACCCCAUCGGACAGGAACAUUUUCCUCUGGAAAGCCAUGCACAUCAACAGUUUCCUCUUGAAGGACACGGCCACCCCAAACAUGAAGACCAUGGGCCUGGAUUCAUCCCCGACUAUACCCCGCAGUUUCGCUACAAACGCGAUUCAAUCAACUGCCCCGAGCACCAAAAAUUCCUGCAAAACUUGUGCAGUUUCCUCAAGCUUUUCUCGUAA